CGAGUAGCCACGUUUAGCUUUCAAACAAGGCUACACAUCAAUAAAUCAGAAAGGACCUUCUUGCAAUCAACUAGCCUACAACCAUUUCCCUCUUCUUAAAUACCACGACUUCACCAUGGUUUGUACUUCUCAGAUCCAUGCUCUUAGGAACUCAACCUAACCUUGAUAGAACACUCUUUUCAAUACCGCGCUCAAACAGUCUACCUCCCUUCGUCGAGAUCUCUCCUCUCUUUCUCCACCUGAAUCGCAACCUCUCACUCCAUCUCUCCUUGGUCAAAUAUCCUCGUCUCUUACCUCCUUCUCCCGAACCCUUGAUUCUUACGCUGCGCUUCAGUCUGCCGAAUUAAAUCCUUCCAAGAAAGAGAAAGCCUAUGAACGACUGACAACAUUCCGUUCCGAGCUACAAGAUUAUCGCUCUCAGUUUGCGACUUUGAAGUCCCAAAAUGAACACAAUCAAACUCAGAUAGAUAGGGGCGAACUACUGGGGAGAAGACCACAUCAUACCUCUACACCCGAAAAUCCUUAUGCGAAUACAACAAGUGCGAUCGCGGCUCGGGAUAGCCCAUGGAGAAGAGAAGGUGGACCAGUUGGAAGUGGUAGUCAACUUUCUAUGAAUAGUGGGGAUUAUACUAGGGAAACACAUGCUCUAAGAGAACAAUCUUUCUUUCAGAAUACCCAUAGUGCGUUGGACGAAUACCUAGCUCGGGGCCAAGCAGUUUUAGGUGAUUUAGGGCAACAGCGGGAAAUGUUGAAAGGGACGCAAAAGAGACUGUAUAGCGUGGCCAAUACCUUGGGUGUGUCGGGAGAUACUAUCCGAAUGAUUGAGAGACGUGCGAAGCAGGAUAAGUGGAUAUUUGGAAUUGGGGUAGUCAUAUUUUUUGCUUUCUGUUGGGCUGUCUUACAUUUCCUGAGAUGAGGCCAUCAAUGCGGCAGUGACAUGUUUGUUACGGGAAGAAAUACCUUGGUUUUGUGAAUGUGAGCUUGGGGAUUUGUAUGAACAUUGGGCAAUUGUGGUUUUAUGGGCGUUUGAGCGUGGAGUCUGGAGUAUGGGGGUCACAAAAAGAGGCAGUGGUUCGUAGAACAAUGAGCCUUGGGAUUCGAGUUCGAUGGGGGAAAAUAGGCAUUCAUCAAUACAUCUUCAUUCUAAGCAUAUCCAGCUUCUUUCAAAAGUACACUCGGCUUCUUCGAACCUUACUUCCAAGGCCACGCACAUCUGGUAGCUCGAUCUUCGUUCAU